AUGGCCGGCAUACCAACAACAACAUUUUAUCGAAAGAGGAGAGGAGACAGAACUGAAGCAGAACGUAUUCUGUACCAGAUAUUUGAGGGAGAUUCAGAUGUGGAGCUGUCAGAUGAUGAGAGAGAUGAGAACUUCACACUAUUGAUAGAAGAACUUGAAGAAGAAGAGGAAGAAGAUGCAGGAGGCUCAGAUGAGCAGACAGAUACAGACACAGAGACAGAUAGGGACGAGCAGGAUAGACGUCGGCCUCUGUGGGCCAAGAGUAGCAUAUUCACACCUGUGCUACCUGGGCUUCCUGACAGUCAAGAUGACCCUACAACCCAUGCAGACUGGAGUCCAAUUCAGUACUUUUCCCAGUACACUGACAACAAAGUCUUUGAAUAUCUGGCAGCAUUUACCAAUCAAAGAGAGUUACAAACUAGAGGAGUGUCACUGAAAACUACUCCAGAAGUAAUUAAGAUCUUCUUUGGCAUAUCAGUCCACAUGGCCUGCCUAGGCUAUCCCAUAAUCAAAAUGUUUUGCGCCAAAAAAACAAAAGUGCCAGUUAUAAGCAGCAAAAUGGCAAGGGAUAGGUUAUUCAAGCUGAGAAGCUCACUCAAGACUGUUGAUGACCUGGCUGUAACGGAGGAAACAAAGAAGGCAGAUAUUCUUUGGAGAGUCAGGCGAUUACUUGACCGUGUGAGGCAAGGCUGUCUUGGUCUUCCAAAGACUGAGAAGGUCUGCAUCGAUGAGCAAAUCAUCCCAUUCAUAGGCCGGUGUCCAGUCAGGCAAUAUGUUCAGAAAGAGUCCUGAGCUGGCUAUCACAAAAUGGUUUGACAACAUACCAGUGCUGAUGGCUUCCACUGUACAUGGCAAAGAACCUGAAGAUACCUGCACCAGAUGGUCCAAGAAAUAAAAAGUUCAUCUCCAGGUGAGAAGACCGGCAGUGAUCAGAGAGUACAACAACAACAUGGGUGGCGUGGACUUUUGUGACUGCAUGUUAAGCUUUUAUCACAUGUCAAACAGGACCAAGAAAUGGACAUUGCGUGCGAUUACUCACUUCUUUGAUGUUGCUAUCACAAACUCCUGGAUCCAAUACAAGUCUGACAGCAAAGCACUUAAACGGCCAGCAAAGAACUCCAAACAGUGCCUGGACUUCAAAUUACACUUGGCUGAAGAGCUGAUGGAUAGUCAAGAACUUGAUGACAGCAGUGAAGGCAGUGAAGAAGGGUAUGAACCACCAACCAAAAUGAGGAUCCCACAACCAGAGCCAUCUGUGCGCAGGCAAGGAGCCAGGCACAUGCCAGAGAUGGUGGAUAUCAAGCAUGCUGAAAGAUGCAGAAAUCAGGGCUGCAAAGGCAUGAGGAAGGAAACAGUCAAAUAAAGGACAGAAACUUUUGAUCGGAAUUGACUGUGUUUAUACAUCAGGCUUUUAUUUUGAAAGCAGUUAAGCUAGUUUUUUGUAGUGUCUAAAUAUGCAUUGUUCAGAUCAAAAUUAUUAUUAUUUUUAAUACAAAUGUGAAUGUAUUCUUGAUUUAAUAUCACUCUACAACACUAAUAUGUUACAUAUUGUAUCUUUUAUUUUUGACUGUCUUU